AGUAAUUGUUAUGUAUGUAUAUUGGUGGUGGGUAGGGUUAAGUUUACCCGCGCGCCCUCUGGCGCCGGCAUUUUUGUAACCGUAUCUUAGUCCGGUAAUAAACCUAUGUACUGACGCACGGUCUCCUAAUUUACGCUUCCAAGAACCCUUCCUAUCAGCCCUUAGGGCUUAUAUAUAGCAAUUGGCGACGGGAUUCUUCGAACUUCACGCGAGCAGUGUUGGCAGUGGCUCGGGAACGCGUUAGUUUUCGCAGUAGUGAAGAUUAAAAUAAUAGUGAGUGAGUAACGGCAAGAUGGCGGUGGGCAAAGUGGAGCCGUUUGAUAUUCACAAAGGCAGCUGGGAAGCGUACAAGGACCGAGUGGAACAAUAUUUUGUGGUGAACGAUGUCAAGGAAGACAGGAAAGUUCCAUUGUUGAUCACGCUAAUGGGGGCCGAAGCGUACGAGCUGCUAGUGACUUUGUGUACACCGGCGAAACCGUCGACAUUAAAAUACGACCAAAUUCAGCAACUGUUGGCAGAUCAUUUACAGCCUACGCCCAGUGUUUUGGCCGAAAGGUACAAGUUUCGCCAGCGUAAACAAACAAAAAGUGAAUCGGUAGCAGAUUACUUAGCAGAUUUGAAGAAAUUAAGUAGAUUUUGUGACUUCGGAACUUGGUUGGACGAAAGUGUAAGAGACCAGUUUGUGUGCGGUUUACAUAGUGAGAGCAUUCGUUUAAGGUUAUUCACGGAAAAGGACCUUAAAUUAAAAACGGCUACGGACUUAGCGGUUGCAAUGGAGGCGGCAGAAUUUAAUGCAGCGGAGGUAGCUCGUAAAAAUAAUCCGAGUGGCGAGCGAGAGACCGCAGGUUGCUAUGCUAUUAGCGAAGCAACGGGUGCGAGCGGUAUGUUAUGGGCUAGAGCGAGAGGCAACACACGGGCAGCGGCAAGCCGCGCCGAAGGCACGCGAGGCGGCGCGACGACAAGCGGGAGCGGGCGAGCAUGGCCGAGCGGCCCGAGCGGACAGCGUAGAUAUGGCGGCGCUGGAGUGACAUUGACAGCUGCUCCUCGAUCAAAAGAAGGUCACGGUCAACUUUGUUCCGUGUGUGGCCGGGAUCAUUCCAGUGAAUCGUGCAAAUUCAAAUUGUAUUCAUGUCGUGUGUGCAAUCAGGAGGGACACUUAAAGAAAAUGUGCCCGCGAUUGUCGCGUUCCGUGGGACACCAUUAUGUUAUUACGGAAACGGGAAACCAUGGAAACCAAUCGAUUCCCGAAGAUGAUUUAGAGUUCCAGAUUUAAAGACGUGUUCUCGGAGGGGCUGGGUCGGUACAAUGGCGGGCUGGUCACGCUGCGGGUGAGAGACGGCGCCAGGCCGGUAUACCUGCGCGCGCGGCCGCUGGCGUACGCCCUUCGUGAACCGGUGGAGCGGGAGCUCGAGCGACUGCAGCGUGAAGGUGUCAUUACACCAGUAGAAACAGCGGACUGGGCAACUCCGAUUGUUCCCGUGGUCAAGUCAGAUGGAUCUCUCCGGAUUUGUGGUGAUUACAAGAUAAGUUUGAACAAGUAUUUAGAAGUAGAUCGUUUCCCCUUGCCAAGAGUGGAGGAUUUGUUUGCCAAAUUACAUGGUGGUAAAAAGUUUAGUAAGAUUGACCUGUCACAGGCAUAUGCACAGCUAGUUCUGGAUGAUACCUCCAAGUAUACCGUCAUAAACACACACAAGGGGCUGUUUAAAUAUAAUCGUCUUAUAUAUGGCCUAUCCUCGAGCCCGGGAAUUUUUCAGAGGGUUUUGGAGCAAAUGUUUGUAGACAUACCUCGAGUUGGUGUGUUUUUAGAUGAUGUGGUAAUUACAGGAUUAGACGAUCAAGAACAUUUAAAGAAUUUAACUGCCGUUUUUGAACGACUACAAAAAUAUGGUUUAAAAAUAAAAAAAGAAAAAUGCUCUUUCAUGUCGGAAUCUAUUACAUACUUAGGUUAUGUGGUAAAUAGUGAAGGUAUUCAUACUUGCCCUAAGAAGAUAGAAGGAAUAUUGAAUGCAACUACGCCAAGCAAUGUAGCUGAGCUGAGAUCUUUUAUAGGCAUGACAAUGUACUAUGCUAAAUUUGUACAAAAUAUUAGUACAAUAAUGGCCCCAUUAUAUGCACUAUUAAGAAAGGAAAUGAAGUUUAAUUGGACAGCUGAGUGUGAUAAGGCCUUUAAUAAAAUAAAGCAAUUAUUGUCUUCCAGCAAGGUGUUGGUGCACUAUUCACCAGAGCUGCCGCUGAUUCUGACUACUGAUGCCAGCAGCCAUGGAGUGGCCGGCGUAAUAUCCCACACUAUGCCUGAUGGUACAGAGCGAGCUAUAGCAUAUGCUUCACGAGUUUUGAAUAAAGCAGAGCGAGCAUACUCACAGAUUGACAAAGAAGCGUUGGGAAUCAUAUACUCUGUAAAAAAAUUCCAUCAAUACCUGUAUGGUCGUCGGUUUAUUUUAAGAACAGAUCACAAACCAUUAGUGACUAUUUUUGGGGACAAAGCCGGUAUUCCAGUAAUGGCUGCUAGCCGCUUGCAAAGAUGGGCAGUGAUCCUAGGUGGCUAUCAAUAUGAUAUCGAAUACAUUCCUACAGCUAAGAAUGCAGCGGAUGCAUUGUCAAGAUUACCAUCAACUAGUCAGGAUGUCAAGGACUAUACAGAGGUAACAUAUAUAAACUUUGUGCAAGAUUUCCUGCCUAUAACGAGCCAAGAGGUGAGGAAGGAGACAGAAAAAGAUGAAACAUUAAGGAAAGUAAACCAAUUUUUAAGCAGGGGUUGGCCAAGUCAUUGUUCAGAAGAAGAAAUUAAACCAUAUUUUGCACGAAGACAAGAACUAUAUACUGAUUCAGGCUGCGUUAUGUGGGGGUACCGGAUGGUGAUACCCGCAGCACUGCGUCCUAGUAUUAUGAAGGAAUUACAUAGCAGCCACCAGGGUAUGGUGAAGAUGAAGGGCAUAGCCCGCAGUUUCGUUUGGUGGCCAGGUAUUGAUAAGGAAAUUGAACAAAUUUGCAAGCUUUGUGCAAUCUGUGCGGCAGACGCAGCAGCACCUACGAAGUCAGCACCUCAACCCUGGCCAUAUCAUGAGCAAGCAUGGAGUAGACUGCACAUGGACUUUUUAGGUCCCUUUGAAGGAAGAACGUUCUUUGUCAUUGUAGAUUCAACAACAAAAUGGAUUGAAGCUUUUGUGAUGCAGAGGACUACAGGGACCGCUGUGAUUAAGGUUUUAAUGGAGACAUUUGCUCGCUUCGGGUUGCCAAAGGAAGUGGUUUCAGACAAUGGGCCACCCUUUACGAGUCAGGAAGUGGAUCAAUUCAUGACCCGGAAUGGAAUUAAACACACUUACAGUGCACCAUAUCAUCCAGCUUCUAAUGGAGCCGCGGAAGGUGCUGUCAAGCUAUGCAAACGGGCUCUGCGGAAAGCCACCAAGGAAAAGGUAGACUUGGAUGUGGCAUUACAAACAUUUUUAUUUAACUACAGGAAUUGUCCACACAGUACAACAGGUGAGUCCCCAGCCACAAUGUUACAGAAACGAGCUCUUCGCUGUAGGCUAGACUUACUUCAACCAAGCGCCACAGUGGAUCAACGAGUCAGGCAAGCCCAAAACAAGCAGGUGGAAAGGACCACUAGCCAACCAGCACAUCAAAUGGAGCAAGGAGAUCCAGUAUGGUUGCAGGAAUACAGCGGUCCUGAUAAAUGGGUGGCGGGAACAAUAUCAGAGGUAAAAGGGAACCGCAACUACGUUGUGACAAGGGAAAACGGUACCACUAGUCAUAGGCACACGGAUCAACUAAAGAAAAGAUUCAAAUAUUGUGUACCGCCCGGAACCCAAUUUGGAAACGUGGAGUGUAUAGGUAAAGAGGUAACACAGCCGGUCGAGCUUCCGAUCCAAACCGCUCAGGACGCGCGCACGGCGUCCGCGCAGCCCGGCACCAGUACCGACUCGCCCGCCCAGGCCAGAACUUAUGAGAGUAAAAGAUUUAGGCGCCCACCCGUCAGAUUUGGCUUUGAGAUUGAUUAAGUUAUGUUAAACUUAUGUUUUCGUCAAUUGUUUUUAUAAUUAAGGCAAAUGUCCUAGUGCCUGACAGACGUUUUUUUUAUAAUUCUAGUGCAUUAUGGAUCACCUUGGUUAUCUUAAAAAGAUAACCUAAUGUCACGAGGUCAAGCCCUGGAACACUUGAGAUAAUUUAGAUGUUAAUCCGUACGGUUAUUUAAGAAAAGGGGUGUUAUGUAUGUAUAUUGGUGGUGGGUAGGGUUAAGUUUACCCGCGCGCCCUCUGGCGCCGGCAUUUUUGUAACCGUAUCUUAGUCCGGUAAUAAACCUAUGUACUGAC